GAUCUUCAGUUCCUCAGAGAAGUGAAAGUAGCAACAUGGAAUCCAGUCAUUCCUGUUAUCUGCAGCCUUUAUAAGUCAGCUGAGCCCGAGGAGGUGGCCCGGAGCCCGCGCACGUCAGACACCGCUGUCCUCUCGUGAAGCCUGAGCUGAGCCAGGAUGCCUCGGCUGCCGGCCUUCCUUCUGCUUCUCUGCCUUUCCAUCACCAGUGCCCUGGCCCUGAGGCUCUGCUCCUUUAACGUGAAGUCCUUUGGGGAAGCCAAGAAGGAAAACAAGAAUGCCAUGGAUGUCAUCGUGAAGGUCAUCAAACGCUGUGAUAUCAUACUCCUGAUGGAAAUCAAGGACAGCAACAACAUCAUCUGUCCCACACUGAUGGAGAGACUAAAUGGAAACUCAAGAAGAAGCAUAAUGUACAACUAUGUGAUUAGCUCUCGGCUUGGAAGAAACACAUAUAAAGAACAGUAUGCCUUUCUCUACAAGGAAAAGCUAGUUUCUGUGAAGAAAUAUUACCUCUACCAUGACUAUCAAGCUGGAGACGCAGAUGUGUUUUCCAGGGAACCCUUUGUGGUCUGGUUCCAGUCACUCCACACCGUUGUCAAGGACUUCGUGAUUGUCCCCCUGCACACCACCCCUGAGACCUCCAUGAAAGAGAUUGAUAAGCUGGCUGAUGUCUACUGGGACGUGAAACGCCGUUGGAAGGCAGAGAAUUUCAUUUUCAUGGGUGACUUCAAUGCUGGCUGUAGCUAUGUCCCCAAGAAGGCCUGGAAGAACAUCCGCUUGAGGACUGACCCCAGGUUUGUUUGGCUGAUAGCGGACCAAGAGGACACCACGGUCAAGGGGAGCACCAGCUGCGCAUAUGACAGGAUCGUGCUUAGAGGACAAGAGAUCAUCAGCUCUGUUGUUCCCAAAUCAAACAGCACCUUUAACUUUCAGAAAGUUUAUGAAUUGACCGAAAAGGAGGCCUUGGAUGUCAGCGACCACUUUCCAGUUGAGUUUAAACUACAAUCUUCAAGGGUCUUCACCAAGAGCAAGAAAUCUCUCUCUCCAAAGAAGAAAAAGGUCCGUCGCUCCUAGAUACAAGGGCGCCAUUAUAUUAACUGUUUCUUGCCUCUAAAUAAAACAGCUCUAAGAGGUAUGAGCUGCUGCCUGCACUCAGGAAACAAGACUGGUCCAACUGCUUUCAUUUUCAACUUGAAUUUAAUCUGUCUUGAGUCGGGGGAGCCUGGGUGGCUUAGGUGGUUAAGUGUCUGCCUUUGGCUCAGGUCAUGAUCCCAGGGUC